AUGGACUUCAUCUUCGGGUUUCCCAAAGACGUUCACAAGAAUACUGUUAUUCUUGUGUUUGUUGAUCGGUUCAGCAAGAUGGUACAUCUGGUUGCUGUACCGGAGUCAAUCAUAGCCCAGGGCUGUGCGCGUGUAUUCAUCGAUACUAUCUUCCGACUUCACGGGUUACCCCGUGAACUCGUGUCCGAUAGGGACCCCCGCUUCACAGUAGAGUUCUGGCAAUCCGUGUUCCGUUCACUUGGAACACGUUUGAAGAUGUCAGCUUCUGACCACCCAGAAACAGAUGGUCAAACGGAACGCGUCAACAGCUCUCUCGAAGAGAUAAUUCGAGGGUAUGUACACUCGUUUACGAGCUGGAGUGAGUUCUUGCCGAUGGCGGAAUUCGUCAUCAACAACUCGGUGCACGCGUCUACAACGCAUACACCAUUCUUCGUGAAUGGAAUACGCCACCCACAUUUACCCGCCUUCUUAGAGUGUGACUCUAGUUUAAGGGGGGGGUGGACUCGCUCGAGCAAAAACCGAUCUGGUUCUUGCUCAUCACCCGUCGACAAUGGUGUCGACGUGAUGGAUACCGACGUCGACCACAUCGACAUCGAUGAUGAUGUUGGUGACGACGAUGCUGGUAUAUUCAGCAUCGCCAAUGACUGCCACAGUGAGGACGAUGACACCCUCACUGGUGAAGACAACGCUCUUUCAGCAGUGCACACGAAGCACACUGCUGUUGACAAGGAAUGA